GGGACCCGAGACCGUUGGCUCGCCGGCGCUGCCAGCCGUCGGGGAGGAAGGCUUUUCUUGGCUCUGAUGGCGCUCCUACGCUCCCUGCUCGCCUCGCAGGUGGUGGCGGCGGCCAUGGCGCUGGCCCCGGGGACCGGCGCCUCCUGGCGCAAGGCCAACACCUUCUGCCACAUGAUCGCCCCCGAGGGCGGCCGUGUCCAGCUCUUGAGCUUCCUGUGGCUGCGUCCUGACGGGCUCCCGCCCGCGCUGGUCCAGAGCGCCUGGGACUCUCGGGGGCGGCUGCUGGGCUGCGCUUGGCGCGCGGAGCUCUCCCUCACGGGCUGGUACUUGGAGCUGUGCGCGCCGCCGCCGCCGCCGCGUCCCGGGAGCCGUCGAAGGCGCGGCGUCGCCGGCGCCCACCGCAGCCCCUUGGUGCGCGCCUUCUGGGGGCCGGAGCUGCGGCGAUGGCUGGGUGUUUUGGAGGCGCAGAAAGACGUUUGCAGGGGACCGGCGUCGGGAGAGGCCGCCGCGGGAACGCUGGGGGCCCUGGAGGAGCGGGGACGCAAGAGGGUCCGGCGGGGCUGGACGGUGCCCGGGACGCUCUGGUGCGGAGCCGGCGACUCGGCGGGCAACUUCACCGACCUGGGGGUUUUCCAGGGUCCGGAUGUGUGUUGCCGAGAGCAUGAUCGAUGUGAAGCUCAGAUCUCUGCCCUGGGAUAUGGGUUCGGGAUGCGCAACUUCCGCCUACACACCGUCUCUCACUGCGACUGCGAUGCCCAGUUCAGGCACUGCCUGAUGAACCUCAACGACACCAUCUCCAACUUCAUUGGUGUCACCUUUUUCAACCUGCUGGAAGCACCGUGCUUCGUCCUGGAGGAGAGCGAGGAAUGUCUGGAGUGGCACUGGUGGGGCGGGUGCAAGGCAUAUGGGCUGAUGCCAUUGGCUCGCUUGGUGGAACAGAGCCAUUACUACGCUAUCGUGCCCUCUGUUGAGAGCUCCCAUGCUGCCAUGCCUCCACCCCGGCCCGGACAGCAUAGGAGCAAAGGCAGGAAGCACAGCCGGAAGAAGAACCGGAAGCAUCCAGGACAAGGCACCUCGGAGUUGCCGAGGCUGCCCCCGGAACAUUCCGAGGGCUGGGCAUCCGUGGCUCCGCCAGUCCCAGUCUCUGAACGAGAUCUGAUCACACCCUCCCUGCUGCCCAGGAACCCAGAAGCAGUCUCCAUAAGCAAGGGGGCAGUGCCGUUGCCCCCCACCCUCGGGACUAUGUCAGAACUGGACUUGUUGAGGUCAGGUGGUAGCCUCACAACCGAGCAUCCAGCUGUCCAACGAACCGGCGUGAUAGGAACAGGGCCACCCAGCGAGGCCGGGCAAAGAGGGGAGCCGUUGUCUGACACUAGCAAACACAGGCACACCGCUGUAUCGGGUAACCGAGUUCCAUCGCAGAGCUGCAGCUGCUACCGACGCCUGGAUCAGUGUCCAUACAGGAUCGCGCCAAACGAGGUCAAAUACCAGCUGCACAACCUGGACUCCCGCACCCUCUUCCAUUGCAACUGCACCCGCAGGCUGGCCCGGUUCCUGCGAAGGACAAAGGGUCCCAACGAGGUGGAAGGGGAGGUGCUAUUCGACUACGUCUCCUCCGCCUGUUUCGUCCUGCAGACGCCCCCGGGUUGCCUGGAGGGAGAGGAAGAGCAGCCCAAUUGCGUUGAUGUCGGCAGAGCCCUCUUGGCCCCGGCGCGGCAUCUCACCAACCGGCUGGCACGGAAGUACGCGGGCACCUCCCUGAAGGUGAAGCGGCAGGAGCGGAGCCCCCUUGGCCAGCCUGUCCAGCUCUUUGACAAAUGCAAGCAGCUGGCGAGGGAUGCGUACCAGCCCAGGCCCCACUGAGCCCCUGGGCAGCCGCUCCAUUUGGUCAAGCCAAACCCAGCCCUUGUCUCUGCGAUAGGGCCUGGUGUGACUUUGGCAGAUGCUUCAGCUUCUCCCGCUAGCCCGUUUGCCUCCAGCUGUGCUCGUGGAAAGAGCAGGGAAAUCCCUGUUGAGGGAAGGGCGGGCCUCCAGUGGCCAAGACAGCUGUGCCUUCUGUCUGCUUCCAUAUUUGGUGUGGACGGUUGAGCCCUGCAGAAAGUGCAAGGAAACUGCACAGGGGGUGGCUUGAAAGGGUUCGCUGUGGUGGGAGGCUGGCCCGGCCAGCACAGGAGUCCACAAAGUCAGUGCUCCCCAUCUUUAGCAAACAACCCCCUUGGAGCACCCUUGACCGACACAGACUGUGGACAAUAGUUCUGAAGGAGGCUGGGGCGGAUGUUGGAAGAAGCCCGGAUACCUGGGUCCCACCCGCAAACAAAAGAGAGCUUGAUGGUCCUCCUGCACCCCAGAGACUUUCCUUACAUCACGUGUUUCUUUAGAAAGCCCUUGCCAUGCGGGUUGUCGGAUGCCAUCGGCCCCGCAGUUGGCCAGGCCCUGCACCCGUUCCCCAGGCGUGGAGGGCAGGGGCAGGCACCCUGCACCUUUACCUGUAAUUUAUUAGGAGGGAGGGGUGGUCCGGCUGGUUGCUACCGGUGAGCUGUAAAUAAUGUAGCAAUAAAUUAAACUGCUUUCCUGCCGCGGAGUGGGCCAAGCUGGGUUUUGCUUGACACGGUGAAGAUGCCUGACUGCUGGGGUGUGAACAAGCAUAACCCCACCCCAAGCGGGGAACUCUUUCCACCUGCCCCUGGCCCCGAGAGAGACACACAGGCAGUCACUCAGUGAUGAUUUUGUAGAUGAUUUUAUUAUUGUUAUCAUUGGAAGGGAGGGAGAGGGGGGAGAAGUGAGGCAGGACAGAUUGCAUCAACUCUGAACUCGUCCCAGCGAAGGUCGUGGAUCUGUCUCGGGGGAGACCCGCCCCCUGUCCUCCCCUUUCCCCACCCCCCCUCCCAGGACGCUUCGUUCAUUCCUGGUUCCAAGGCACAACGGUCAACCCUUGCCCCAGAAACCCAACCGUCCCCCCCCAAGUUCUUUUUUAGACUUCCCACCUUGACGUCCAUCCUCUGCUUAACAGUGCAUUACGCAACAGGAGCCAAGCUUCUGCCACUGCGUCCUCCAUGGUGUCGCCGGUGUUGCGUCCGCCUCAUCCUCUCAGACAAGAAUGCCCUGGCACUGGCAGUUUCCCCUGCCGAGCCUUUAGGGAGCACCAGCUGAGCCCUAACUGGGCCUGCAGCCUUUGCCUCCAAAGCUGUGUGCAGGCCCAGGGCCCUGCUCCUGCCUUUGAAUGCUCUUAUCACCCCCCAAUCAUAGUGCACUGUGCAUACCCCCCCUUGUUGCUCAACAGCUUCUUGCAACCAGGAUAAGAGGUGUGGGCCCUGCGCUGCAGCAGCUGUGAGCCUAAACGGCAGAGGGGUUUGCAGCCAGCAGCAGAAAGAAUGCCUUUGCAAGCCAGGGCAGAGGGUGGCUUCUGGUGUGCCUGCCCCCUCCCUCUCUGCAACUCUUGGUUCUUUUGCACUGGGCAGUCGUCCUCUUGCCAUCCUGUUGGGUCUCAAGGGGAAAGCUGUCUUCAGCCACAACUACCACAACCACCACAACAUUGCAGAUCAAGAGCAGAGAUGGAGCUAGAAGGAUAGGUAGGUAGACGGUGCAUUGUCUCGGCACCGAACUGGAUGGUCAGCAGGUAAGGGAACUCUCACCAAUGGCUGUUGGGUUUUUUUAGGGGGGUAUUAUAUGGGUGAAAAGGCCAAAGAGCUGAGGCCUUUUGCUCACACUAUUCAGUCCCCCUACGCAGAAGGGAAGGAGGAGGAUUGUCCAGCAGAUGGAGUCAGGAGACAGGGCCCUGUGAGUGGUAGCCCCUUCCCUGGGUCUUAAUGCAACCUUGCAGGAGAGGGGAAGAGAGACACAGAGAGAGAGAGAGAGAACAGAAAACUGGCAGGCAAGGACACAGAUAACACUGCAAGCUUGCUAC